AAUAUCAAGAUAGCGUAGUGAAACUGGUUGGAUUUAGAUAUUUUGCUAAAGUACUAUUAUAACGUAAAUAAAAUCGGUGUAACUGAAAAGUAUGUUUGACAGACACAAGGUGUUCUCAUAAUAUAAACAUUGGAAUUUAAACAAGAUAUUUUUAAUCAAAUACGGUUCUAUAUAGCCAUGCGCUGCUGUAUAGUUUUUCUGUUAUUAUUCCUUGUGACAAAAUCUUCACACUACAGAGUUACAAAUAGGGUGAUAUGCCAGUACCCUUGUCAAUGUCCAGUCCAUGAACUCAAAUGUGAUGUAGGCGUGUCUAUUGUGAAAAAUGGGUGCGGCUGUUGCUAUAUGUGCGCGAGACAGCAUGGUGAUCUUUGUAACAUCAAAGACGUGUGUGACACCAAACAGAAUCUCAUUUGUAACAUGACAGCUGGGGAAGUUCCAGGAGUUGGAAUAUGUAAAGCCAAUGUGUCAAAGCCAUGUAUAGUGGACGGCAAUACAUACUCGGACGGUGAAAGAUUCAGAUUAAACUGUUCCAGCCUAUGUACAUGUCAAAAUGGAAACUUUGGUUGUAUAAACGAAUGCCAAGAUGAACUCAGAGUUCCGUCUGACUGCAAACGACCGAGAUUGUUGUCAGUAAGCGGUCAGUGCUGUAAGCAGUGGACGUGUGACUUACAAGAAGAACCGACAAGAAGUCGAUCAGGAAAAGGUAUAAGUACACGUCACAUCACAAACCAUCACAGACAACCCAUGGAGCUGAAGGCAUAUUCUAUGUUAGAUAGUGGCUAUUCUAACUUCUAUCAAAAUACUCAGCCAUCGUGUACCGCUAAUACCACAGAGUGGAGUCAGUGUUCUAAACAAUGUGAUGUGGGCGUGUCUACAAGGACUGUGACUGACGAGAAAUGUAAAGAGAUGGCAGAAAUGCGUUUAUGUUACAUAAGACCAUGUAACAUGGAAAUACCAGUUGAUAAGGAGGAAAAGUGCACGCCUACAUCAAGGGUCCCGGGGAAACAACGCCUGAAAUAUGAGGACUGCAUCAGUGUCAAGGCAUGGAAUCUCAAAUUCUGCACUACUUGUAAAAAGCGUCGUUGUUGCUACCCUCGCAGAGAGAAGACUCGAAAUCUGGAAUUUCAGUGUAAAGGGGGGAGAAGAGAAACUUUUCCCGUGAUGUGGAUUAAAAGCUGCAGAUGUGAUAAAAGAUGCUAUAUUAAAGAUGCAACAAGACAUAGAAGACGUAAGGUUCCGAAAUGGAAUAACUGAAAUAACAAACACAAAAUUUUAUGACGCGAUCAUUCUAUAAAUGGUAUCAAGGGACGCCACUGUACAGAAGACUAAGACAGUUACUUA